UGCCCUCCUCCCACCUCUCUCUUUCUCGCUCUCACUCACACAACACCCGGACAUAUCUCCACAGUACCGACCAACCAGCAUGGACGCACGGGUGGCUGCCUCUGUAAUCGCCGGACUUGUGGUCCUUCUUCACGGGUUAACGGCAUGGGCGCUGGUGGAGGUGAACAUGGAGGACAGGGUGGAGGUUUUCAGAGGGGACACAGCUCAGAUCACCUGUAUGUUCAGCUCCGACGACGGCAUCGGGGGUGUGACCAUCCAGUGGUUCUACGUGUUGAGGACAGGGGAGAAGCAGAAGAUUUACUACGAGGACGCCACCAUGAAAGUGGUGGACCGAGGAACGCCGUUUACGGACCGCAUCACAGUCAACGUCACCGCAGCCACCGGAGAAGUGGUGUUGACCAUCACGGACGUGCAGGUGACAGACCAGCUGGAGUUCAUCUGCCUCAUCAAGAGUCUGACUGACGGGGUCGGCGAGGGACGCACAAAGCUGUUGGUGUUUGAAAAACCAGACUCCCCAACUAUUGAGGGCUUCCAGACGGGGAUCUCCGUCUACGAAGAUGUAUCCAAGAUUGGCACGUGCGAGGUGAAAAACGGCUUCCCCAAGCCAAAUGUCACAUGGUACCGAAAUAACGCUCCACUGAGAGGAGCUGAUGACGUGAUGAAGGUAGUGCCCAGCAUCACCAUCGAGUCCAGUGGUCUGUUCUCAGUGAGGAGCGAGCUGAGCAUGAAGGUGACCAAGGAGGACAAAGACGCUCUGUUCUACUGCGAGGUCACCUAUCUUGUCCCCGGGGGGACCAGAAUGAUCGAGACCAACACCAUUAACAUCACCGUCUACUACCCGUCCACUGCUGUCCACAUGUGGGUGGAGUCACCAAAGGGCAAAAUUAAGGAAGGGGACUCCGUUGAGUUUCAUUGCCAAGGCGACGGGAAUAUGCCGUCCUCAAUCUUUACCAUCAAGCACAGCGGGGAGGAAUACACAAUGGAAUCCAACAUGUACGUGCUAGAAAACGUAACGCGUCUCAACAGCGGUGAUUACGAGUGUGUCUCAUUGGACACGGACACCUACGAGGAGCUCUCAGGGACAACCACCAUCUUUGUUGACUACCUGGACCCUGCCGUAGUGGCGCCCGCCGGCCCCGUGGAGGUGGAUCAAGGGGAGGAGCUGACAGCCACUUGCAACGCUUUGUCUUCUCUACAGAUGCACACGGCCUGGUUCAAGGAUGGACAAGCGGUGUCGGUGGGCCACACUUUAAUGCUGAAGAACGCCACCUUUGACACAGCAGGGACGUACCAAUGUGUAGUAACUGUUCUGGAAGUCGAUGGCAUGGAAACUAUGGCGACAUUUGGUGUGAAGGUGAAAGGCCCACCAGAGAUUAUGCAAUCAGAACACACGGAUAUCGAGGAAAGUUUGGACAGUACGGUCGACCUGACCUGUCAUGUGAGAGGAUACCCUGCCCCCACCAUUAUUUGGACCACCCCUGACGGAAAGUUCCUGGAGACCACGUCCGAAAUAGAGACAGAGGACGGCGUCAUCAGCACGGCAAGCGUGGAAGUCAUGUCUGACCUCACAGCCUUCUGCAACGCCUCCAACGAGUACGGCGCCGACGCCUUGGCCUUCAACAUCAAAGCCAUUGUACACACCACAGCAACAGCCACCACCGCUCGCACAAGCACUAUUUCCUCUAGCACAGUCCAAACAGAAACCGCUAUCCCACCAAAGAGAAUCAGGAAAGAGGGCAGCGGUGUCAUCAUUGCGGUCAUCAUCAUCUGCAUCCUGCUUCUGGCCAUCUUGGGUAGCGUGCUCUACUUCCUCUACAAAAAAGGAAAGAUCUGCGGACGCUCUGGGAAGCAAGACCUCACUAAAGAGAAAUCCAGCAAAGACAACAUCGUUGUUGAAAUGAAGAGCGACAACACGGAGGAGGCCAUCCUCCUCGGGGUCAACGGAGAGAAGCAACCUCCCAGCACCCAGUAAACAACGGUGAGAAGAAGCUGACGCCACUUCAGAGUCCUGCCCACGGCUCCUCCAAGCCAAAGAAAAGCUGUCUGACACCCAAAUAUUGGACAAUAUUACAAAACCGUUUGGCUGUAUGUUGCUGAUAAAUCUGCCGAGCAAGGACUAUUUUUUUUUAACGGCCGAACAAUCACUGUAGAGCAUCGUGAACAAGCUCUUCCUCUAGUGUACAUACAACACAAUACAUCCGUGUAUAUAUUUCCUUAUUUAAAGUGUGUUGCCACUCGAUUUUUGAAGAGCAAAGAGAGUUGAAGGUAGUUUUUUUUCCAGUGGCGUCACUCGGUUCUGAGGACAAGGGGGGCUUAGCCCCCUGGAGAUGCACAGGAUAUGAAUGAAUGUAGUAGACAUUCAAAAAAAUCCCAAAAAACAAAUAAGGAACAAGAACCGGGAUAUAACUUUCCUACUUUGGGACAGAUUUAGUAGAGAUACUGUUGUAAAAUUGUUUAAUUUACACAAGUACACACAAUCUCCACUGCAAAACCAGUGGGCAGUGAUCAAUUAUAUAACAAUCAUUAUUAUAUUAUUAAUUAGCCUAUUAUUAUUACUGUCAUCAUUGUUUUUUUUCUGAUUAUUACUACUACUUUAGUAGUAAAGUAGUAGUAAUAGGCUAGUAUUAGCCUGCUUUUUGGCUUGCUGAUUAUAUGAAAUUUGUUUGAGAUUUUUUUUUUGUAAAAAAAAUUUUUUAAAUCAAUAAAAAAUAUCAAAUUAUUUAGGGGGACUUAAGAACAUUUUCGGGGGGCCCCUAACAUUUUAGCCCCCCUAAAAUAGGCCUAAUGACGCCACUGGUUUUUGCUCAAAGUCUGUACACUGAAAUCUCUGUGUAUAUGUUAUUUUGUUAUGUUAUUAUGCAACCACCUUCUUCCCUCUCUGCGGCUAACACGAGCACACUAGAAUUGUCCCCCUCCACUGUAUGUUAAAGGAUAUAUUUUUGGAAAAAAAAAAACAAUGAUAAAUUGUGGAGAUUACAUCUUGAGCUCGAUAUUGCAUGUGUGCAUUGAUGCGUUCCGUAUAUUACACCCCAUUUUUGUUAAGACAUGAAGCACCACCGACAUGUAUGUGUUCACUGCACUGAUUUCUUUGUGCUCGUCUCUAAUGUGAAACUUUAUUGUGUGACGCGACUGCAGUCAGAAACCCUCCGAGCGAGGCUUGUAUUUAAAGAUACUACAGUGCUUAUUAAUGUGAGACAAGCCAUGGUGACGCAGCAUCACCCGCUAGCCUUACACACACACACGGUGUCUCAUGAAGUGUCAGAGCCACAUUGACAAGAAAUAAACACUAAAAUGUUAUGAGAAUGAAGCGGUUAUGCUACAAUAUAAACCUGUAAAUUUUGGAUCAAAAAUAGUCAUUAUUUUAACAAAUGAAGGUCAAAAUUCCCAUUGGGACAACAGCAUCCCACAUAUGACAACCCACAUAUUCAUUAGUUCAGUGGUUCCCAAACUGUUUACAUUGACCAUAAUUCAUUGGUUCAUUCAUUUUAUGACCAGUCCAGGGUCCAGCUGGGAUAGGCUCCAGUAUACCCGCAACCCCAGUGAGGAUAAGCGGUAUAGAAAAUGGAUGGCAUUCAUUUAAAGUUUGACAUGAGCACUGAUAAAUAAAUAAAUUAUCAUCCUCCAUAUCUUUUAUUCCACUCUGAUGUUGGCAUCCUUCCAUUCAAAUCCAUUUCAUUUGAAUGGACUUCAUUUGAGCAUCACUUUUUUUGUCCACUCAGGAUGGCUCUGGUUUAAGUCUGCACGUGCAUGUGUGGGUGUGUUUACUGUGAUUUAAGUGUCCCUGAAUGCAGCGGCAACUUGUGUCCCAGGACUAUUGUGAUGCACCUGAAUGCACCAUUUUAGAAAAAGCUGGAGCAGCACUGACAGCUGUUUGCCAUUUUUGAUCCUGCCGGUUGAGUAUGAAGUGCCCAAGUGCCCAGACUGGAAUCUUUCCAUGGUGUCCUAACUCUAAAGAACCACUACCACUACUCUUAAUUGCAUCCAAAAUACAAAAAUACAUACAACCAACAAUAAAGGUUAUAUAAAUUAAUUUAAUAAAUUUAAAUUGUAAUGAUAUAAAUUAGGUUCUAUUAUACAAUUUUUGUUGACAUUAAUCUUAUUUUUUUUGCACAGUAACGUGCAGAAUCAUGAAAAUUAUACUGAAGUCUAACUUGAUGACAUCCUCAACCAUCUUUAUUUUCAGGCAUUUAUAAUUAUCUGCAUUUUUUUCUGUAAUAUUAUGACUUCAUUUUGUUCAAAUUAGGACUUGCUAAUAUAUUAUAUAAUAUUAUAAUAAUAUAUUAUAUAGCAAGUUUUAUAUUAGCAAGCAUUAAGUUGAAUACAACUUAAUGCUAAUAUUAAAAUCUUAUUCUUGCCAAAGUAUGCCUUUUUUCCAGAAUAUUCUGACUUUGCUCUCUUUAAAAAGAAAAUUUUAUAUUAUUGAUGAUUUUAGGACGAAACAAUGACUUUCCCCCCCUAAGGUUACCACUUAAUUCUCAAAAGAAAAAUUAAAAAUUUUGACUCCUCGUAAAAUGAACACUUUAUUCUAAUAUUUUUUUAUUCCAGUAAAAAUUAUGACCUUUUCUUGUGACAUUACAAAACUGACAUUUUGCUGAUUUUUUUUCUCAGAAUUAUUUUCCUUAAAAUAGGACAUUUUUCUUGUUUGUCAUUGUCUGUCUUAUUGCAAAAAUAAUAUUUAUUGCAAUUCUCCAAUUUUCCUCUUGGAAAAUUGAAUAUUUUUCCUCAUAAUUUUUGUUACAUGCCAAUCUUUUGUCACAAAAAUCAGAAUAUUCCAAAAAUUUAUAAAUCUUCCUCAAAAUAUUUUGAGUCUAUUCUUGCAAAAUUAUUAAUUUUUGGUAAUAUUACCUUUUUAUUUUUGCAAAACUAUGACUUUCUCUCAUAAUAUUACAAAUUUAUUCUCUCAAAAUUACAUUUUCUUUGGACUUUUAUUCUCAUAAGUGUAUGACCUUUUCUUGUAAGAUUACAAUUUGGAUUUUUUUAUAGGUCAUAAUAUCAUGACUUUAUUCUUGGAAAAGUUGAUUUCUCUUGUAAUAAUGACAUUUCUAAUCUCAUAGUUAGGGCCUAUUAUUUAGGGAUUUUUCUCUUCAAUGUGGCCCGGGAAGAAGACAUAGACAUGGUGAAUGGACUACUGAGAGAAAUACAAUGCCACUUGUGCACAUACAUAAAUACAAGGGCUAAAUGAUCAAAUAAAAAAUGAACAUUGGCAAUUCAUCGGCUAAAAAGAUCUAUUUGAUGAUGUGAUUUUGCUGCGGAUUAAAGAAACAUACAGUAUGUGGAAAUGUGUUGUGCCUAAACGGUGCAUUGUGACAUUUUAAGAGUGUCAGUAAAAUUAUUUUUAUAAUAUUACCUCUUGAUCAACGGUAUUAUUUUUGUUAGUGUUAAUUCUGUUUUUCUUUUAAACUUUAAUUAUUUUCCCCUCAAAUUCCUGGAAAUGUAAAAUGCAACGUGAUGCCUUGUUUUGUUUUGAAAUUCUGCCGAAUAAAAAGCAAUUUUUAAAAAGGGAGCCUACGUUCUUCUCGAUCGUUACAUCGAUGUCCUGGGGAAAAAAGGACCAUGAACACUAUUGUUUUGUUGGCUUUCUGUUAGGAUAUCAAUUAAUAUUAUCU